CUCAACUGCUUGGACGCGUCCUACACGCGUCGGAGGGCUGCAAAUAUUAAGUGCACUCUGCCUUAUUUAUUCUUCACUGCACAAUGUCGCAAGGCGAGCGGAUGCCCUCGACCCCGACCAGGGUCGACAUCCCGCCGGGUAGUGAUGCACCAGGACCUCCUACUUCCCCAGAACCCAGCACUAUGGCAUCUGAGUCGUCUGCCACAAUCCGUAUUCCACCUGUGAAAAGGCCUGACCGGCGACUCUUUAUCGACGCGCCACAGCUGCCGACUGAGCAAAAGACAGAAUAUGCGGAUCUCGGUUUGGCUCCAGAAGAUACCUUUCGGAAUGAUAUCGACGAAGUUGUCGGAGAAUAUGAAGAGGAUGACGAAUUAUAUUACUAUGCACGGCUAUCUGACGGCGUUGCACACAAGUUUCCAGCACGCUGGCUGAGGAGAGAGCAGCCAGAGCUUCUCGCUGCCUAUGAACGCAAGAAAGCCAGACGCUCCCUUCCUCCAUUCGAUCCUUCGGCACACUACGUUCACCCUGCCUCCCGUGUUACCAUGAUCUUGAAACUUGGUGGCAACAGGAAGCGCGGUUCUCGUAGUAAGAGCAUAGAUUUCGAAGGUCCCUUGACGGAACUAGAUGAGAGUGAUUUCUCCCAAGACAGUGAAUCCUCUACUGUUGCAAAACGGAGAACCAGACGGAUGCCCACAAGAGCUAGUAAACAGACCUCUGCUCCUUUACCAUUCAGUCCAAGGAAGACAAGAUCGCGACAAGUGUUCCUUUCAGAAGAGGAGGACUCUGACGAACUUUUGAUUGGACCAACAAGAAGAUCGACUCGCAGUAGGAAGAGCGUUAGGGAUAACCUAGAAGACGCAUACUACGUGGAGGACUCUGACGAAGAGUCCGAUGCUUACGCUCCUACAACAAAAGCGAAGACCGCUAAGGUCAAAAAGGCUCGGCCGAAAGCUUCACGUCCAGCCUAUGGUCGUGUUCGCCCAGUGGCAGAUCUCGACUAUGAUUCUGACGAAGACGCCAAAGCCCUCCGCGCUCAUAGAAGUUUCUGUGAGAAGUGUCAUAGGCAACCAACGCAUAUAUUACUGGCUGCUUUGAGGAAAAAGAAGGGCAAGAAGAAACGCAAUGAAGACGACGAUGAAAACGAUGAAGAGAAGCUUGCCGGAUUGGGCGGAUGGGUCCAAUGUCUGAAAUGUCCUGUUGCCGCUCAUUGGGGUUGUCUGGCUAAAACUCAGCGCGACGAGAUUUUGAAGGCUACUUUGGAACGAGACCGCGCCGCCUGGCGAACCCGUCAAGAAGGGAAGGAUCCUUCGGACCAACUACCAGAUGAUGACCCCGAACCUAAAAAACGUGACGGCUUGGAUCCAGAUUCCACGACGGAGUUCAUUUGUGGAUCUUGUAUGAAGGGCGGCGUAUGUAUGGCGUGCAAACAGGUUGCGCUUGAACCAGAUUCCCUUCGUCGUCUCGACGACGCGACUGCGACAUCAGUUGCUCCAAAACUCAACGGCGCCGCCCUUGAGAAUGUGGAAAUGGUAGAUGGAGCAGCUGAAGGCGCAUCAGACUCCAAGACCAUGGACGUCGACGGCAUACCACUCCCGAAAGAGCCAGAAACACUUCUCUUCCGAUGCAUCACCUGCAAGCGGAUGGCUCAUUAUGAACAUCUGCCUCAGCCCGACCCUGAUGAGGAAUAUAGCCCCGCUGAGUUGGCGGACUAUUACCAACGUACCACGCAAUGGCAAUGUGCAGAUUGUGUAUCGUACGUCUACAAUGUGGAACACAUUCUUGCUUGGAGACCUUUCCCGGAAAAUGCUGUGGAACCAUCCAGACCCGCUGGCGAACCCCCCAACUACAAGUCUCCUUUACCACGAGAAUAUCUGGUAAAGUGGGUGAGCAGGAGUUAUCGACGCACACAAUGGGUACCUCACAUGUGGCUCGUGGCGACUCAUCCGUCCAAGUUGAGGAAUUUCCUCACUGGUGGCUCGCAUGUCGAGCUUCUACCGGAACCUGCUACGGAGGAAGUGGUUGACCGAGCUGCGGACGGAGACUCGUUACCGGCCUUCGAGGCACAAGACGAGGAUCAGACCAAUGGAACUCCUACCGUACAACCGUCAGCUCCGUCUGACGCCCUUCCAGAUGCGGAACGGCGCAUUCGACCUGCGUGGAAGACCGUUGAUCGUGUUCUUGACAUCUUGCUUUGGUAUCCUGAGAAACGGCUUCGGAAAAAUAAAGCAUUUGGGAGAAAGGUGAAUCAGGCCGAUGGAGAAGAGCCGGACGAAGAGCAAGAGCGCAUUGCACAAGAAUACGAUGCUGCAUUUAGGGACGGGGAACAGCCAAGUGCUGACCUGACUGAAACGGUAGAAGAGUGGGAGCGACAUAAGAAAUGCAAGCUCGAUGAGAAUCACAUUGGUCUUGUCGUCUGGGCAUUUAUCAAGUGGGAUGAUCUUGGAUACGAAGACGCGACCUGGGAUUCUCCACCGAAGGACGGUAUUCCAGGGUAUAUAGCUUUUCAGGACGCAUUUCAUCGUUUUAUCACUGCGCGAUCUGUGGAGGUGCCCAUACGUACUGCUAAAGAAGUGCAGGUGUUCGACAACCGGCCGAAGGACGGAUUCAGGUCCAAGCACGCGUUUACUACAAACUCAAUGCCUCAACUAGGUCAGAGUCCUCAACUCAGUCUCAUGCCAUUCCAAGUGGACGGCGUAAACUGGCUAUGCAAUAAUUGGUGGAAUUUGCAGCAUUGUAUUUUGGCCGACGAGAUGGGCUUGGGCAAGACUGUGCAAGUUGUCACGUUCAUCGGUGUCAUCAUGGAACUCCAAAAAGCAUUCCCCGCUUUAGUUGUCGUACCCAAUUCCACUAUCACGAACUGGGUACGUGAGUUCGAACGGUGGGCCCCUCAUCUCAGGGUUUGUCCCUUCUAUGGUGAUGCAAAAGCACGCGAGAUCAUCAAGAAAUACGAGUUAUGGCAUACUGAAGUUAGCAAGGGCACUACUAGUGCGAUGUAUCACGUCCUGGUUACAACCUAUGAGACGAUCAAUGGCAAGGAGUUUGGUCCGGUGUUCAGACAGAAUCCACGUUGGGAAGUUCUGGUUGUCGACGAGGGUCAAAGACUCAAGAGUGAUUCCAGCCUUAUUUUCCGGAAGCUGAAAGAACUAAAAACCAUCCAUCGUGUCAUACUCACUGGUACCCCGUUGAACAACAAUAUCCGUGAACUGUUCAAUCUGAUGAACUUUCUCAAUCCUGAAGAGUGGAAUGAUUUGGAAAAUCUGGCAAAGGAGCAUGAAGUGCUUACGGAUGAAAGCAUCAAGGAACUUCAUAAUAGGUUGAGACCGUACUUCUUGAGGCGCAUCAAGUCUGAGGUCCUAGAGUUACCGCCAAAGAACGAAGUGAUUGUGCCCAUCAGCAUGGCUCCUCUGCAAAGAGAGGUCUACAGAUCCAUCCUAAGUCAGAACAUCAAUCUCUUGAAGACACUGUCGAUGGCUUCCGGCCCCAAAGUCAACGCAGCCGCACAAAAGACAAACAUGAACAAUAUUUUGAUGCAACUGCGGAAAUGUUUGCAGCAUCCGUACUUGGUCUCUCAGGAUAUCGAGCCCAAGGGCCUUUCGCCUCAGGAGGCUCACGAGAAGCUCAUUGAUGCGAGUGCGAAGUUGCGGAUUUUGAGGACCCUCCUACCUAAACUCAAGGCCCGAGGACAUAGGGUCUUGUUAUUCAGCCAGUUCGCCAUUGCCUUGACCAUCAUUGAGGACUUCCUGAUCGGGGAAGGAAUGAAAUACCUCCGCCUGGACGGAAGCACGAAGCAGGUGGACCGUCAGAAAGGCAUGGAUGAAUUCAACAAGCCAGACUCUGACGUGUUCAUCUACUUGCUAACAACUCGGGCUGGGGGAGUGGGUAUUAACUUGUGGAGUGCCGACACUGUCAUUAUCUUCGAUCCGGACUUCAAUCCUCACCAGGAUUUACAAGCAAUUGCUCGGGCUCAUCGGUACGGACAGAAGAAGACAUGUCUUGUGUUCAAACUCAUGGUCAAGGACUCUGCAGAAGAGCGUAUCAUGCAAACGGGCAAGAAGAAAUUAGUUUUGGAUCAUCUCAUUGUACAAAAGAUGGAUGAUGACGACAAAGAGGAUGUACAAUCGAUCCUCCUAUUCGGUGCUCAAACUCUCUUCGAAAACGGCGAAGCUCAGGCUUCUAAAGAGAUCCAUUACUCUGAACAUGACAUUGACAACCUCAUUGACAAGACAGAGAAGGAGGGGAACGAAGUCGAUCAAUCCAGUAAUAAGGAAGCGUUGUUCUCUUUCGCGAAGGUUUGGUCCGCGGACAAGGAUUCUCUCGAGGAGAUGUCCGAUGAAACCGCGGUACAAGCUGAGCAGGUGGAUUCCUGGGCACAGACACUGGAACGUAUCGCAGCUGAGCGCCUUCAAGCACAAGAGCAAGAAGCUACAGGUCGUGGUGUGCGACGAAAAGCCGCCGCUGUCUUCCCUCAAACUCUUGCUGAUCUAGGAGAUACACCAACGAAAGAACAUAAGAAAAGCAAAAAGAAGGGCAAAGGCAAGGCCACAGCCUCGGAUGACUCGGAUUUCCAUGCUCCCUCUCUUGCAGCGUCCGACACUGAAUCACAACCCGGUUCUGCGGCGGACGAGCCGUUCUUGCCUGAACUUCCUGACCUCUCAUCCGCCAAGCGCCAGAAGCAGCGAAGUCAUGAUCGGGAGCUUGCACCUCCUCUCACACCAAUUCUGAGCCGUCCGUCGCCGAUGCCUGAACUUUGUGGGCUAUGCGGUACUGUUCACGGCCAAGACGGUUGUUACAUGACCGAAAGUCCUGAGAACCUCGCCGAAUACAGACGAAUACUUCUAAGCCAUGCUGGCGAUGAGACGAUCGAAGAACGCCGUGCCGCAAUAGCUAUCAUCGAUGAGACGCUGUACAAGCUCGGCAAGAUCCACCUUAUUUAUGGCCAACCUCUUCAUAUUGUCGACGUCUCGAAAUACCCUCAACCUUUCCGACGCCCUGAGCCAGAUACCACUGCGAGGGUCCCAUCUUCCUUUAUGCAAAACGUUCAGACGUCCAUGCAAGCUGCUUCACGCUCUACAACAACUCGGCCGCUACCAAAACCGAAGAAGAAAGCCACAGGCCAUCUUGCACCUAAGCCGUCAACGUCAACGACACCAUACCCCGCACCUGUACCUAUACCCAAACCUAUAGCUCCUGCACCGGCUGCCGUUAACAACGCUGUCGCUGGGCCUUCGAGUUCGAAACGACCACUAUCACCUCGUCCUGUUGACUCACCGUCGAAGAAGGUCAAGCAGAACGGAGUUCCGAGAUGCACAAUAUGUGGUGGACGUCCUCAUGCAGAGAUCAAACGAUGUCCGGUAAUUCAGCUAGGUAAUGCUGCAACAACCAAGCAAGAGAUUGUACGAUUGAGACAGGACGCAGCGAAUACGGAUCUGGUUCAUGAUCUGAGCAAAAUUUAUCACAAGCAAAAGAAACGGGAAGCACUCGCGAAGCCUCCUGACGUUAUGGUUUUGAGUGAUUGACGUUAGAAUGGAAAUCUUCCCUAUACCUAUAUUUCUUGUGUGUAUGCUAGAGUUACCAAUACCCUACACAUUACAGUAGAUAGCUGCAUAUUUGUAUCCUACAUCUUUACUCAUCUUGGGAUUCUCAUGUUUCAUCAUCAUCUACUUCUUCGUCUCUAUCAUCCAGCAACAACGCCUUAAAUCGUCCCGCCGUUGCUGAUACCGUCGCCGUCGGGCUUUCG